AUAUUAUUAUCAUUAAACAUUUAAAUUAAUAAAAAAGUUUAAGAAAUUUUACGCCACGUGUGUUACUAAUGAGUGAAGAAAAUGUAUCGUUAUAAUAUUUUUGAAAUACGAUAUUAUUUAUUGGUGUUUCUUUGUAUUAUUUCUACAUGUAUUUGCACUGAAUAUCAUGGAUUGGACGAUUCUGUUCUGUUUAAAUUAAAUUGGGCUGGUGACUUAACAGAUGAACUUUUGAAAAAUUCAGAGCAACAAGAACAAAUGAUUGUAAAAACUGCUCAAAAUGAAAAGUAUAAAUGUUUUUUACCUCAUUUAGAACAGCGAGAAUUGAACGAUGCAGGUCUUUAUGAAGGCCCAUCACCAAUAGAAUUAUUAAAAUCUUUAUUCACACAAAGUAUGUGUACAUUUCGUUUAGAAUCAUAUUGGACAUAUGAAAUAUGCCACGGUCGAUAUAUACGACAGUAUCACGAAGAUCGUGAAGGGAAAACGGUCAAGUUGCAAGAAUAUUUUUUAGGACAAUGGGAAAAAAGUGAACAAUUAAAAAUUAUUGAAAAAUUGAAAGAAGAGGAUGCGAAAACCGAUCGAAAUAAAAAUGAACCUCCAACAAAACGAAUUGAAGGUGCAUUUUUACCUUAUUUUGAAGUGACGAUGGAAGGUGGUACAGUGUGUGAUUUGAAUAAUAAACCACGCUCAACAAAGGUUCUUUAUGUUUGUGUACCACAUGGAAAGCAUGAAGUAUAUUCUCUGAAAGAAACAUCAACAUGUGAAUACGAAGUAAUUAUUCUAACACCGUUAUUAUGUAGUCAUCCAAAAUAUAAGCCUAAAGAAACUGAAGAGAAUGCAAUCAAUUGCGUACCAUUAGAUGGAAAUCCAAAAAAACCUAAAAGUUUACUUGCCAUGGAAGCGGAAAGUAUUAAAUUACGUCAACAAAGCAAGCUUACGGAUGACAAAACGAAGAAGGUAUUUGCUGUGUUCAAAGUAGAUACGGAUAAGGGUGGUGAAGCUCGCGUACGUCUUGAAAUACGACCAAUUGAUGAACUAGAAGAUACUACACGUAAACCUAAAGUGCCUCAAAUUGACACUGGUAUUUCAGAUACAUCACCUGUAGAGAGCUUUUUAUUAGGCAAGAAUUGCCUUAAUGGGGGAAGUGGUUGGUGGAAAUAUGAUUUUUGUUAUGGCCGAUAUAUCGAACAAUAUCAUGUUGAAAAAGAUGGAUCACGAACAUUGUUAAAUUUGGGGCGUUUUGAUAAGAAAACACAUUUAGCAUGGCUUGAAAAAAAUCCACAUAAACGUCCAAAACCUUUAGCUCAACGUAAACAAUUGUCUCAUUUUUAUUCUGGUGGAACAGUUUGUGAUAAAACUGGGAAAGCUCGGCAAACUGAAGUAAAAUUAAAAUGUUUAGAAAACUCAUCGAGUCCAGGAGCAGUUCAAUUAUAUUUAUUGGAACCAAAGUAUUGUGAAUACAUUCUUGGUGUUGAAUCACCAAUUAUAUGUGAUAUAAUUGGCAAAGCAGAUGAAAAUGGUUUAGUAGAAAUUCCCGAACAUUUUGAUAAAACAUCGUUUGAUAAUGAUUUAGAAGAUAGUCAAACAUCACCAGCGUUUAAUUUAAAUGAUAAUAAUAUAAAUGAUGUGAUAAAUGAGUAA